CUAAGCACUUUCCACGUAACAGCGACUGGCUGAACCACGAAGCCGAGCUCGAUUAAGCGAGCCGAUCCCCAGGUCCAUCGAUCGUCUGUCGUAUUUUAGCACACUCCCCAACUGGCCAACUUCAGUUUGGCAUCAGCAAUCACGCGAAUCAGUUCGAACCAGAAGCGAAACGACCCACAAUAUCCGACCCACUCAUUGCAACUAAAACUAAAAAAACUAUGUGGAAAACGCUCGCCGCUUGACGCUUGACAAAUUUCCGAAUUGUCAUCACCUUGAGUGCAGAGAGCAUCGGUUGGGCUAAUUGAUUCGGGAUCGAAAAAAAGUGGAAAAUAAUGAACGGACUGCAAUUUGUUAGCGCGGAUAGAGCUUGCCAAUUUUUUUGCUAAACAGCCGCGAACGCGACAAUCAGAGUGCUAAGUGCGCUAUCAAUCAGUUUGUUCCGAGGUCGCCUGCAUUGUCAUGGCUGGAUUGCUGGUGGUGAUCAUUCCGCUGGUGCUCCACUUCCUCCAUGGGGAAACCCACUACAUACAGAUCGAUCAUGAGGAGUUUCGUGCCAGUGGCUUUCCGCAUCCACACUUUCCACCGCCUCCGCUGACGCCGCUGGAUCACCUGCCUCCUCAGGUUCUGGCCGCCAAGGAGCUCACCCCCGCCGAGGUGAUGGUGGACCUGACCAACGACCUGACCCACCGCCUGCUCCACUACCACUCCAUUCUCAAUCGCAACAACUUUGCCUUCUCGCCCACUGCUCUGGUCAGUGUACUGGUGGCCCUGUUCGAAGGAUCCGCUGGAAACAGUGCCGAGGAACUGCGACAUGUCCUGCAGCUGCCCAACAACCGGGAUGUGACCCGCGUGGGCUACCGUGACAUUCAUCGACGACUGCGGACGUACUUCUUUGGUUCGGAUAAUCCACUCAAAGGUCUCAGCUUGAACAAGCCUAAUGUGACAGUUCUCAAGGACUUCGAAACAGUUUUAAUGUUCUAUGGAUAUGAUCUGAGUGUGGACAUGCUAUCCUCAACACCAGCAAAUCUUACGUCAGAUGCUGAGUUGGUCAACACCACGAUGGCCAGCAAUACCACGACCGAGGAAAUGGAAGCGGAAACCACAACCUUAAAGGAUGCUGAUACCACAACGGAAGCGCCAGCUACAACAACCACGGAGGCAGCAACCACAACGACGGAAGCUGCAACCACGACAACAGAGCCACCAGCGGAGGAUGCGGAAGCCACGACCGAAGCUGCUGCUACAACUUCUGGCGAAGAAGAGGCAGCUGAACCGGCAGCUGAAGAUGAAGCGGCCGAACUUGUAUCUGCAUUUGUGGCCGAGGAGGAUGCCGAGCCGCUGCUGCGCAUUCAGAAGGCUCGCGUCUCCCGGUUGCCCAUCAGCAAGCUCCAAGCGCCGCUCAAGCACUCGAAUCCCAUCACGCCAAAGCCCAUGCCCAUUUAUCUGCCGAGUGCCAGGACAGCUGCCAUGCCAAUGAUGGCCCGUCAAGUUGCCGAGCGGAAACCCUCGACCACAAGGCAAGUGAUUUCCAUUAUAUCGUCGCCAGCUGUAAACUCCACAGUGACGCGAAAGACCAAGAUGGCGCGGCAAAAGCGACAUGCACUGCCUUACAAAGACCUGGAUGCGAAUCUCUUCCUGACGCUCUUCAAUCCGCACACGCAUGUCCCGCACCAUCCGCUGCACAUUCCGCCGCCAGUUCCGGCUGCCUUUGCUCCAAUUACCAAUGACUUUGAACCGCAUUACGUAGGAGAAGCGGCCGAGGGCAAGUCCAACUACAAUACGGAUGUGAUCAGCCAUGUGUUCUAUUUGGGCAACCAGCAGGUGGUCCACACCACUUUCAAGGUGUACAAUGCAGUGUUGUACUACAAAUACUUUGAGCACUUAAAGAUGAGUGUGCUGGAGUUGGAACUGGAUACCCCAGAAUAUAAUCUAAUGAUCCUGCUGCCCGACUAUCACACAGACAUCGUGGCAGCCGCCGCCUCCUUAAAACUGGGUCCCACUCUCCGUUUGAUGCGAAAGCAGCUGAAACCACGCUGGGUGCAGGCCAUCAUACCCGACUUCAAACUACAUGGCACCAUGUUUCUCACCAACGAUUUGCAGAACAUGGGAAUCUGCGAUGUCUUUGAGCCGAAUCGCGCAGAUUUCCGACCCAUGACUGAUGAGAAGGGCGUCUAUGUGCGGCACAUUGAGCAAUCCAUCGACGUCACCAUCCGUACGCAUCCCAUCAAUCAGCUGAAGCGCAACUAUGGCGCCCAAACGAAGCCCAUUCAGAUCUCCGUGAAUCAUCCGUUUAUGUUUUUCAUCAUUGAUCGCGACCUGGACGUGGCCGUAAUGUCGGGCCGCAUACUGAAUCCGCUGAACGUGCGCAUCCAAUGAAGCUCGACGAAGGUCGAGUAUCGAAAGUGAUGAGCCCUUUGUACUCUGGUGCCUACAAAAACGAGAUGUUAGCUAUGUUAAGCUUAGUUUUUAAAUGUAAAUAAAUAAAGAACUGGCUUUUUCCAAAAAUGGCAAAACCCUGCA